AUGAUAUCCUCAACACUUCUCCCCCGCCGCUUUCGGGGUGAGCAGCCUGCCGCUCAGGCCGCUGCUCCCUCCUGGGUCAACAAGAAGAUCACACCAGCUCUAAAGUUCCUCUCCAAGCUCGCCUGCUCGCACCCCAUCCACACUGUUGUCAUUGUUGCUGUUCUGGCCAGCACUUCGUACGUGGGAUUGCUGCAAGAGAGCUUGUUCGAUGCCACCAUCAGCGUCCGCACUGCCGACUGGUCAUCCCUCGUCGAGGGCAGCCGACGCCUGCAAGCCGGCCCCGAAACUGCCUGGAAAUGGCAGAACGUCGAGCCCGAGGCCUCCAUCGCCGGUGAAGUCGACCACCAGGCCCUCCUGACCCUCGUUUUCCCCGAAUCUCAGUCUCCCGAGUCGAUCAACACCGCCCCGCGCACCCACACCGUUCCGAUUCCCCAGAACCUCUCCAUCACCUCGCUUCCCUCGACCUCCAACUCCCUGACCACCUACUCCCAGGACAGCGCCCUCGCCUUCGCCGUGCCCUACUCCCAGGCCGCCGAGUUCCUGUCAGUAGCUCAGGAGAUCCCCGAUGCCACCAGCGACGAGACGGAGACGAUGCAUGGCAAGGAGAAGAAGAUGUGGAUUAUGAAGGCUGCCAAGGUCCACACCCGUAACAGUCUGGUCCAGUGGGCUCGCAACGGCUGGACAGAGUUCCUCGACCUGCUCAAGAACGCCGAGGCUCUCGACAUCUUCAUCAUGGUCCUCGGAUACCUGUCCAUGCACCUGACCUUUGUCUCGCUUUUCCUCUCCAUGCGCCGCAUGGGCUCCAACUUCUGGCUCUUCACCAACGUCCUCUUCUCCUCCGUCUUCGCCUUCCUGUUUGGUCUGCUUGUCACCACCAAGCUCGGUGUCCCAAUCACAAUGGUGCUCCUGUCCGAGGGCCUGCCGUUCCUGGUUGUAACCAUUGGUUUCGAGAAGAACAUCAUUCUGACCCGCGCCGUGCUGUCGCACGCCGUUGAGCACCGCCGGCCGCAGGAGAACAUGGAUGACAGAAAGUCCAGCAAGAAGUCCGACGUGUCGUCCCCCAACGUCAUCCAGUACGCUGUGCAGGCAGCCAUCAAGGAGAAGGGCUACGACAUUGUCAAGGAUUACGCCAUUGAGAUCGGCAUUCUCGUUCUCGGUGCUGCCUCCGGUGUCCAGGGUGGUCUGCAGCAGUUCUGCUUCCUUGCCGCCUGGAUUCUCUUCUUCGACUGCAUUCUUCUCUUCUCCUUCUAUACCGCCAUCCUGAGCAUCAAGCUCGAGAUCAACCGCAUCAAGCGCCAUGUCCAGAUGCGCCGCGCACUUGAAGACGACGGCGUCAGCCACCGCGUGGCCGAGACCGUGGCCAAGAGCAACGAUUGGCCCGAGUUCGGCGGCAAGGCCCCCAAGGAGACUUCUUUGUUCGGCAAGCAGAUGAAGAGCAGCAACGUUCCCAAAUUUAAGGUCCUUAUGGUCAGCGGUUUCGUCCUGAUCAACGCCAUCAACAUUUGCACUAUCCCCUUCCGCAACUCUAGCUCACUGCCCAGCUUGGCUUCCCUGACUGGCGGUCUCAGCGCCGUUGUCACUGCUCCUCCCGUUGACCCCUUCAAGGUUGCCUCGAACGGCCUUGACGCCAUUUUGGAAUCCGCCAAGGCCAACGAGCGCCGCACCGUUGUCACCGUCCUUACACCCAUCAAGUACGAGCUCGAGUACCCCUCUAUCCACUACGCGCUUCCCUCUCCUGCGAGCAAGUCUGGCCAAAAGCACCAGGAUGAGUAUGAUACGUUUGAGAGCUACGGCAUGGGUGGUCGCAUGGUUGGCAGCAUUCUGAAGAGCCUCGAGGACCCCGUUCUCUCCAAGUGGAUCAUUGUCGCCCUCGCCAUGAGUGUCGCCCUGAACGGCUAUCUGUUCAACGCUGCUCGCUGGGGUAUCAAGGACCCCAACGUUCCCGACCACCAGAUCGACCCCAAGGAGCUUGCUCGCGCCGAGAAGUUUAACGAUACCGAUUCGGCUACCCUGCCCCUUGGCGAGUACAUUCCUGAGACGCCCAGGCCUGCCACACCCGCCUUGACCGACGACGAGUCUGGCGAAGCUGCUGCUCCCGUCGAGCAGCGCACCAUUGCCCAGCUUGAGAAGAUGAUUGCCGAGAAGCGUGUACACGAGAUGACUGAUCACGAGAUUGUCGGCAUGUCUCUUCGUGGCAAGAUCCCCGGUUACUCUCUCGAGCGCACCCUGAAGGACUUUACUCGUGCUGUCAAGAUUCGCCGUUCCAUCAUCUCCCGCACCAAAGCUACUUCUGACUUGACUAACAGUCUCGAGCGGUCCAAGCUUCCCUACCACCACUACAACUGGGAGCGUGUCUUUGGCGCGUGCUGCGAGAAUGUCGUCGGUUACCUUCCCCUGCCUGUCGGUGUUGCUGGUCCUCUUGUUAUCGACGGACAGAGCUACUUCAUCCCCAUGGCUACCACCGAGGGUGUCCUGGUCGCCUCUGCCAGUCGGGGCUGCAAAGCCAUCAACUCUGGUGGCGGUGCCGUCACCGUACUCACUGGCGAUGGCAUGACCCGUGGACCUUGCGUUGGAUUCGAGACCCUGGAACGUGCUGGUGCUGCCAAGAUCUGGCUCGAUUCCGAGGCUGGUCAGACUACCAUGAAGAAGGCUUUCAACUCUACCAGUAACUUUGCCCGUCUUCAGACCAUGAAGACUGCGCUGGCCGGUACCAACCUCUACAUCCGCUUCAAGACGACCACUGGUGACGCCAUGGGUAUGAACAUGAUUUCCAAGGGUGUCGAGCACGCCCUUUCCGUCAUGGCAUCUGAGGGCUUUGAGGACAUGAGCAUCGUUUCGGUCUCUGGUAACUACUGCACGGACAAGAAGGCAGCCGCCAUCAACUGGAUUGACGGACGUGGAAAGAGUGUCGUCGCCGAGGCUAUCAUCCCCGCUGACGUUGUCAAGAACGUCCUCAAGAGUGACGUUGACACCCUCGUCCAGCUCAACGUUGACAAGAACCUGAUUGGCUCUGCUAUGGCUGGUUCAAUCGGAGGUUUCAACGCCCACGCCGCCAACAUCGUCGCUGCUAUCUUCCUCGCCACCGGACAAGACCCUGCGCAAGUUGUCGAGAGUGCUAACUGUAUCACCAUCAUGAAGAACCUUCGUGGUUCUCUCCAAAUCUCCGUCUCCAUGCCCUCGCUUGAAGUCGGGACCCUCGGUGGCGGAACCAUUCUUGAGCCUCAGAGCGCCAUGCUCGACAUGCUCGGUGUUCGCGGCCCCCACCCCACGACCCCGGGCGAGAACGCCCGCCGUCUGGCCCGUAUUAUUGCUGCUGGUGUCCUGGCCGGUGAACUGUCACUGUGCAGUGCUUUGGCUGCCGGUCACCUGGUUAGUGCGCACAUGCAACACAACCGUUCUGCACCCCCUACGCGGACCAACACGCCGGCCCCGGCCAGCGGAACCAUGACACCCGUUGGUCUGGCCAUGACCAGUGCCGUCGAAAAGGCUGCCAGCAAGAGCGCGGCGGCUGUCGAUCGGGCGCGUCGUUGA